UUAUUGAUGUUUGUGUAAAUGUGUGUGUGAGUGCGUGUGCGCACGCACGCACGUUUGCAAACAUGCCAACAUUAAAUCUGAAAUCAAUUUAUAUUGUAAGUUUUAUUGAUGGAAGUAUUAGUGUUUGUACAUGUACUUGUACAAAAGACUGUGUGAGUGCUUCAAAUUUUCAUAUCCUCUCUCAAUGCAGCCGAAUUGAAGACAACCACUUCUCCGGAAAGAUACCUGAUUUUAUCCAGAACUGGAAAAAUAUCGAUACACUAAUCAUUCAAGGGAGUGGAUUAAGUGGGCCGAUUCCGUCUGGAAUAUCACUUUUGAGAAACUUAACUGACUUGAGAAUUAGUGAUCUGAAAGGAACUGAAUCUUCACCUUUUCCACAACUUAAUAAUCUGAUAUUGUUAAACAGACUGAUUUUGAGGAAUUGCAACAUCAAUGGAAAACUACCUGAAUAUAUUGGGAAUUUGAAAGCAUUAAAACACUUGUUCUCUCUAAAAAACACAUUUAUUGAUGUUUGUGUAAAUGUGUGUGUGAGUGCGCGUGCGCACGCACGCACGCACGUUUGCAAACAUGCCAACAUUAAAUCUGAAAUCAAUUUAUAUUGUAAGUUUUAUUGAUGGAAGUAUUAGUGUUUGUACAUGUACUUGUACAAAAGACUAUAUGUUUCGCAACAACAUAGUUUCCCUUCACAAUGGCCAUUACUGUUACCCGCCCUUAUACACCUCUGUGAGCAACUAUAAUCAUUACCAGGACACUUAUCAUGGCCAAAACAGUGCGAAACGAUGGGAAUAGAAUUAUCUUCAAUUGUAGCACCACCUACAAUCACAGUAGAGAGGGUUAUUAGAAAUUUUGAGUACAUACAUCAAUACAUCAUAGUCUUUUUUUAGUUAAAAAGUUUUCACCGUCAUUAACGAUGACUAAUUUCCGUCGAAAAAUAAUAAGUCAGAAAUUGAACAUCU